CUCACAGCUCUCCGUAGCAAGAUGACACAUGUGGCCCACCGAAUGUUCCAGCGGGAGGUGUUCUGGGGGCAGCUAACUAAGGAGGGGGCUUCCAGAGCUGGUGGAGGGGUUGACAUACAUGAGGUCACAGAGCUGCUGCCUCUCCCCCUUCAAAAGAAGCCACUCUGCUCCAGCUAUUUCAGAACCGGGAGGAAGCUGACAGCUCAACAGCACGCAGCACAGUAUGUGGUGGAGAGUUUGCAGCCUGCUGGCUUGGCUCCCCUUACAAGAGGCCUUCCUGACCAACCGCACAGACACCAUCACGGUGGAGGAGGGCCAGGCGGUCACCCUCCACUGCGCCGUGCCUCAGCCCGCCCCCCUGCAGUGGCUGGCCCCGUCGGGGUACACCAUCUUCUUAAACGGGCAUCCUGCUUUAAAAAACACCAAAUACCAGCUUCUUCACCACUCCCCACGCCAGCUCUCCGUCCGCGUGGCCAACGUAACCCCGGGAGACGAGGGUGUGUACACGUGUCUACAUUACGGCAGCUCCGUGGGAACAAAGGACGUGCAGGUGGUUGUGCUGGCAACUCCUUCCAAGUCAACCCUGGAAGCUUCAGUCAUCAGAAUGCAAAACGGAGAAGAACAUGUUAUCCUUAAAUGCUCCACCAUGAGAAGCAAGCCCCCUCCGCAGAUAACCUGGCUGUUAGGGGAGGACAUAGAGGUGUACGGUGAAACCUACCAUGAAUUUGAUAGUGAUGGGAAGAAAUGUAACAGCAGCAGCACCCUCAGGGUCCGGGCACACGACAGAAACUCGACAGUGGACUGCAUUGUCCGGCACGAAGGCCUCCAGGGUAGGAAACUGGUAGCAUCCUUCCGGUUCGAAGACUUGGUUCCUGACCCGAAGCCAGCCUCAGAUGCCCUGGGGAAGAACCCUCCGACCUCUCAAGACUUCCCGCAGCCCACGGGUAAUGUCACAGUAACGGAAGAUCUCAGUACAUCAGAGACUGACAAGGAAGAGGAAGAACAAACCACCCAAGACCCCGACUUGAUCACUGGCGCAAGUCCUCGGCACGAAGGGCUGGUGAGGAAGAAAAGUGGCGUACUGCUCCUCACUCUCGUGUGCUUCCUCAUUUUCAUACUCUUCAUCAUCGUCCAGCUCUUCAUAAUGAAGCUUCGAAAAGCACAUGUGAUAUGGAAAAAAGAAAAUGAAAUUUCAGAACACACUCUAGAAAGUUACAAGUCGAGAUCAAAUAAUGAAGAAACAUCAUCCCAGGAGAAAUAUGGCCAAACUGCCCGCUCAAAGAGCUGCAUGGACUACAUCACGCAGUUUUACUCAGAGGCAAAAGCAAAGAGGAAGGGGCGUGCUCACCACGGAAAACUGAAAGGACAGCACGCUCGCGUCCCCGAGAGCAUCGUGUAG